AUGGCUGCGCUCAGCCCCGAAUUGCAGGGGCAGCUCGAGGACCUGGAUAGGGAGCUUGAGGAGGGCGAUAUCACACAAAAAGGAUACCAGAAACGGCGCACCCAGUUAAUGUCGCAGUAUGGAUUUGGCGACAUGCCUGCCCUGAAGUUGGGCGGCCUACGCAUCCAUUCCCCUGACGACUAUGAGGGACCGCCCUCCGAUCACCGUGCCGCUUCGCUCGCGGCCUUGAAUUCUAGCGACGCGGAUGCCCAGCGUCGCGGGUCCGUGGGCUCGACAAGCGAAUACCGGGCCCAGUCUCCCUACUUAAAUAUCGAUUCGCACCCUGCAUCCCUCCUUGCUCCGGGGGGGCCAAUGGCCGAACAACGGCCGAAUAUCCGUCAACACGACUCACUAUUUCUCUCCGCACCCGCCAAUGACCCUUCCACUCGGACAGGCACUAUGGUAUCAGGGGACUAUGCCUUCAACCCGGAGCAGCAGCCUGGCUAUGCGGACCAGCACCAGCAGAACAUGUAUGACAGUAGGACCGGAACAUUGCUGGAUUCGCAAGCAUACUUUUCAGAUUUUGCCGGCCAGUCGUAUGACCCAGCCGCCACAGGGGAGUAUGGAGGGCCUCAACGAUACUCAGCGAGCGAUGCCUUCUCCCCCACGGCGGCUAUGGCACCACCCAUGCUCACAGCGAACGAUUUGCCGCCGCUAGACGCUCUUCAAUUCCAGCCGCCGCUCGAGCCGCGCGAGGUCCCCUUCGCCAUUCACGAUCCCCACGACGAGACCAUCCCAAUGUCUAACUUUGACAACAUCGCAGCCGUGCUCAGACACCGUGGGCGCACCUCGGCAAAGCUUCCCGCCUACUGGGUGUUGGACAGUAAAGGAAAAGAGAUUGCAUCCAUCACAUGGGACAAGUUGGCUAUGAGGGCGGAGAAAGUGGCGCAAGUGAUUCGUGACAAGAGUUCUCUGUACCGUGGGGAUCGUGUUGCGCUUAUCUACCGCGAUGCCGAAAUCAUCGACUUCGCUAUUGCCUUGCUAGGGUGUUUCAUCGCCGGCGUGGUCGCGGUGCCCAUAAACGAGCUCCAGGACUAUCAGAAGCUGAACCUGAUCCUAACCUCUACCCAGGCCCAUCUGGCGCUGACAACCGACAACAAUCUCAAGGCCUUCCAGCGCGACAUCACCGCCCAGAAGCUUAACUGGCCCAAGGGAGUUGAGUGGUGGAAGACGAACGAGUUCGGCAGUUACCACCCCAAGCGGAAAGACGACGUUCCUCCGUUAUCUGUCCCAGAUUUGGCCUACAUUGAGUUCUCCCGGGCGCCCACGGGUGAUUUGAGGGGCGUCGUUCUUAGUCACCGGACCAUCAUGCAUCAGAUGGCUUGUCUUAGUGCCAUCAUUUCUACUGCGCCAGGAAAUGGGCCUGCCGACACGUUCAAUAGGAAUCUCCGCGAUAAGAACGGCCGGCUGAUAGGCGGCGGUGCAAGCAGCGAAAUUUUGCUGUCCUAUUUGGAUGCACGUCAGGGAAUUGGCAUGAUCCUUGGCGUCCUUUUGACCGUUUACGGGGGCCACACCACCGUCUGGCUGGAGAGCAAGGCCGUGGACGUCCCGGGACUUUACGCCCACCUCAUUACCAAAUACAAGCCUACGGUUAUGGUUGCAGACUAUCCUGGUCUGAGACGAGCAGCCUACAACUACCAGGCCGAUCCGAUGGCGACGAGGAACUUUAAGAAAGGCAUGGACCCCAACUUUCAGACCGUCAAGCUUUGCCUUGUCGACACCCUCACCGUCGAUAGCGAGUUUAACGAACUUCUUACCGAUCGCUGGUUUCGCCCCCUACGCAAUACGCGAUCCAAGGAGAUAGUGGCACCUAUGCUUUGCCUGCCCGAACAUGGCGGCAUGCUGAUCGGUGUCCGUGACUGGCUGGGCGGCGAAGAGCGUAUGGGCUGCCCUCUUAAGCUCGAUCUAGGUUCCGAAGGUGCAUCGGAGGACGAGAAGGAGAAAGAGGAGGAGAAGCCGACGCCUUCAAACGGGUUCUCGACGCUGCUUGGCCAAAGUACAACUACCGCCAAGGAGGAGCGCGGUAAAAUGGAGCUCAGUGAGGUCCUUCUUGAUAGGGAAGCCCUAAAAACAAACGAGGUGCUGGUUGUCGCUAUUGGCGACGAAGUUGGCAAGCGGGCUCUGACCGAGCCGGGAACCAUCCGUAUCGGCGCCUUCGGUUACCCGAUUCCUGAUGCCACGCUCGCCAUAGUUGAUCCUGAAAAUGGCCUGCUCGCUUCGCCCAACACAGUCGGCGAGAUUUGGGUCGAUUCUCCGUCCUUGUCCGGUGGCUUCUGGGCGUUGCCAAAGCACACGGAGCAAAUCUUCCACGCCCGACCCUACAAAUUUGAGCCUGGCGAUCCUACCCCCACAGCGAUAGAACCCGAGUUUCUCAGGACCGGCCUCCUGGGUACCAUUAUCGAAGGCAAAAUUUUCGUCCUUGGUCUGUACGAGGACCGAAUUCGGCAGAAGGUGGAGUGGGUUGAGGACGGGGGCGUCGAGAACGCCGAGCACCGCUACUUCUUCGUCCAACACAUUGUUGUCAGCAUCAUGAAAAAUGUGCCAAAGAUGUUUGAUUGCUCCGCAUUCGACGUCUUUGUCAACGAGGAACAUCUUCCAGUUGUUGUGCUCGAAUCACCGGCUGCAUCCACGGCCCCUACCGCCAGUGGCGGACCACCGCGGCAACUGGACACCGCGCUGCUCGAUUCUCUUGCAGAGAGGUGUAUGGACGUGUUGUUGCAAGAGCACAACCUCCGCGUCUAUUGCGUCUUGAUCACGGCGCCUAAUGCUCUGCCUAGGGUGCUCAAGAACGGGCGCCGUGAGAUUGGCAACAUGCUGUGCAGGAGAGAAUUCGACCAGGGUAACCUCCCAUGUGUCCACGUCAAAUUUGCGGUUGAGCACGCAGUCUUGAAUCUACCUGUGGGCGUUGACCCCGUUGGCGGCAUCUGGUCGCCGAUUGCAACUCUUUCCCGCGGAGAUCUUCUCUCUCCAGCGGACAAGCAGUAUUCUGGCAUUGACCGUAGAGAGGUCGUUAUCGAUGACCGGACAUCCACACCACUCAACAACUUCUCGAGCAUCACGGACCUCAUUCAGUGGCGCGUAGCCAGACAGCCUGAGGAGUUGUCGUUUUGCACCAUCGACGGCCGAGGAAAAGAGGGCAAAGGUGUGACAUGGAAGAAGUUCGACAUGAAGGUCGCCGCCGUCGCCGUUUAUCUGAAGAACAAGGUGAAGCUCAGGGCUGGCGACCAUGUUGUUCUCAUGUACACGCAUUCCGAGGAUUUCGUCUUUGCCGUCCACGCCUGCAUCAACCUGGGCGUCGUCGUCAUCCCUCUUGCACCCAUGGACCAGAACCGUUUGUCGGAGGAUGUUCCGGCCUUCUUGCAUUUAGUGUCAGAAUACCGCGUGCGGGCCGUCCUAGUGAAUCAGGAGGUGGACCAUCUGCUGAAGGUGAAAUCCGUUUCACAGCACGUUAAGCAAACGGCGCAGGUGCUCAAAGUUACUAUCCCCAGCACAUACAAUACCAGUAAACCGCCAAAGCAGAAUAGCGGCUUACGAGAUCUCGGCAUCACCAUGGAUCCUGCUUGGAUUCAGCCUGGCUACCCAGUUGUCAUCUGGACGUACUGGACCCCCGACCAGCGGCGACUGGCCGUGCAGCUCGGCCACGACACGAUCCUCGGUAUGUGCAAGGUACAGAAGGAGACUUGCCAGAUGACCAGCUCUCGGCCAGUCUUGGGGUGUGUGAGGAGCACAACUGGUCUAGGCUUUAUCCACACAUGCCUCAUGGGUAUUUACAUCGGCACCCCUACUUACCUCCUCUCACCUGUCGAGUUCGCACAGAGCCCCGCGUCGCUCUUCCUGAUCCUGUCGCGGUACAAGAUUAAGGACACGUACGCCACCCCUCAAAUGCUGGAUCAUGCUAUGAGCAUGAUGCCUGGAAAGGGAUUUACUCUACACGAACUGAAGAAUAUGAUGAUCUCGGCCGACGCCCGGCCCCGAGUUGACGUAUUCCAAAAGGUCCGCAUGCACUUUGCGGCAACGGGCCUCGACCGGACGGCAAUCAACACGGUGUACUCGCACAUCUUGAACCCUAUGAUCGCCUCGCGGUCCUACAUGUGCAUCGAGCCCAUGGAAUUGUGGCUGGACCCCAAGGCGUUGCGGCGUGGACUCAUCUUUGUGACGGACCAGGAGCGGGAGCCCAAGGCAUUGCUUGUCCAGGACUCGGGUAUGGUGCCGGUGUCGACACAGAUUGCCAUUGUCAAUCCAGAGAGCCGGGAGUUGUGCAUGGAGGGCGAGUAUGGUGAAAUCUGGGUCGACUCUGAGGCGUGCGUGAAGGGCUUCUACGGAUCGCAGGAUCCAUUUGAUGUGGAGCGGUUUGACGGGAGGACUGUCGAGGACCCGAGUAUCCGGUACGUGCGCACCGGCGAUCUCGGGUUCCUCCACAGUGUGCGGCGGCCAAUCGGGCCUGGCGGCGCGAUAGUUGACAUGCAGGUGCUGUUUGUGUUGGGCAACAUUGGGGAGACGUUCGAGAUCAAUGGGUUGAGCCACUUCCCUAUGGAUAUCGAGGCUUCGGUAGAACGGUGCCAUCGCAACAUCGUGCCAAAUGGAUGUGCAAUCUUCCAAGCCGGUGGCCUGAUCGUGGUACUGGUCGAGGUCGCCCGCAAAGCUUAUCUCGCCUCCAUAGUCCCCGUCAUCGUGAACGCCAUCCUCAACGAGCAUCAGAUUGUAGUGGAUAUCGUUGCCUUCGUCAACAAGGGCGAUUUCCCGCGCAGCCGUCUCGGUGAGAAACAGCGGGGCAAGAUCCUCGCAGGCUGGGUCAGUCGCAAGCUGCGCACCAUGGCCCAGUUUAGCAUCAAGGACAACAGCCGCGAACCCUUCGGCGCGCCGGGGGCCGCCGGAGGCGACCAUGCUUCCACCCUCAGCGGCCCCACCCUCGACGACCCCCACCGCGCAAGCCUAGGCAGCUUCCGCAGCUCCAGCGGCGGGCCCUUCCCCGGCCACGGCGGCGGCGCAAACAGUUCCCUGCGCAACGUCGAGCCCGCCCCGCACAUCCUGGAGGAGCAGCGCGCGCUGGAACACCCGCAGAUGUACCACCAUCAACCGGGGUACGAUGACAGGUCCAUGACCAUGAACAGCAUGAACGUGCCCGGCACCGUGACCCCGGGCCCGGUCGAGAUGCCCGCCGACGAGAACCAGAUCGGCGCCGCCGCGCCGUUUGACAAUGACCAGACGCCGACCAGGGGCUAUGCCCAACAACAGCAGCAACAACAACAACCACCACCCUCGCGAGGCGGCAUCCUAGCCACGCCGGCGCUGCAUGGGUUUGAGCUGCCGGAUUUCGACCAGUUUGUUGGGCGUGACGAGCAAGGCGGCGGCGGCGGCGGGAGUGAGGUGCCGCCUCCGGGCUCGUCUUCUGGUCAGCCGGGGCCGGGAACGGAGACGGGGACGGGGAUCGGUGGGGUCAUGCCGCCGCAGAUUCGGCUACCGGGGGUGGAUGGGCGUGAGUCGUUGGAUGAUUGGGACUUGAGGCCUGGGAGUGGGGGGCCAGGUGGUGGUGCUGGUGGUGCUGGUGCUGGUGCUGGUGCUGGUGCUGGUGCUGGAGGGGAAGAGGAUGAUUGGAGAGCGGACGCGUACAUGUCUAUGAACCUGGCCGGGACGCUCGGGGGAAAGUAA